AAGAUUCCUUGUUUGAGAACGGAUGAAUUGUGUAAAAAGAUUGAUUUAAAGUUAACAAAUGUUUCGCAAACUAUAGUGAUAUUUAAGAAACGAGGACAUAAUUAUAUUCAAAGGACAAUGAUGGAAGGACGAAUUUAUGCUCUCUCUGUACUCACGCUUAUAGCAUUCAAGACUACAUAUACAAGAUCAGAACCAAUUUCAUCAGAUGGAUCUCUUGAUACAGCAUCUGAACUAGAAUCUCGUCUCAAUCUAUUAAACUCACUCUAUGCCCUCCUACCAGAAGACACUGACAGCCUUGACAGACUAACAAAAAGGAGAUCACUAUUUCGUUUUGGAAAACGCCGCUCUUUGUUCCGUUUUGGUAAACGCGGAAGCAUUUUAAGAUUCGGUAAACGCCCUGCGACAUAUGAUUUUGGUGAAUAUGAUAGCGAAUAUAACCCAUCAGAACUUUAUGCUUUUAACGAGGAUCCAAGAGCCGACAGCUUACCUCUUUCAGACAAGAGAAGUUCUCUCUUCCGUUUCGGUAAAAAGUCAAGAGAUACGAGCCCUUUAUAUGAAAGGGACGCUGCACGUGAAAAGAAGCCACACACGCCCUGGAGAUUUGGUAAAGCACUAGAUGAAGGUCCACAAGACAUCUAAAAAUAAAAUAAAUAUCAGAAACCAAUUCGGUUAAACAUACAAUAAAUUGUUUAUGUUAUGAAUGUUAAAAUAUAUAUUAAUUUUGUAACAUAAGCUCUGCAUGUUUUUCAAUAAUCUACGAAGUAGACAAUUUCACAGGCAGAUGAAACGGCAUGUGGUAUUUCUUCUAUACAUAAAAAUGUUUAUAAACAAGGGUGUAAUAAGACAACUAAUGAACAUUACCUUGGGUAAUCGAAAAGAAGUCGACCCAAGUACUGACUUUUUGUUUUUGCAUGCAUUCUAUAUAUAACAACAGGAACACAAGUUUGUUUAUACAGGAAAUUACCUUUAUUCUGUUAUGCGCAACUGCCAAGACAACCAAUUACUGAAGCCAUAAAUGUAUAAUUCAAUGUAUUUAUGAAUUAUGACUUUAAUCAAUCUGCAUCAGGUUUGCAGUCUUCUUUGAAAUUAUAUCACAGGUUUCAAAUAGCACUUAAAUAUAUGGUGAAUCAAUAUCAGAAAUGACAUAGAUUUAUUAAAGUUAUUCAUAUUCCGGAAGAGUCAUUUAAGAGCCAAUAGCAGUAAAUAAUACUAGUGAUUGUAAAUCUUUUAAAAAAGUGACAUGCGUUAGACAUAACGUUGCACCGUUGUUUUUUGUUUUAAACAGAUAUCUCCAAUUAACCAUCAGAAUAACAUUGUAUGAAAAAAUGCUAAAUAUGAAUAGAAUAUAUUUCUGAACAAGUUGUCGUUAUUACAGCCAUGGAUGAA